UUGACGUAGAAGGAGAACCCUGGCCCGUGGUGCCUUCACGUGCUGCACGUAAGCGUCUGCUUCGGAAUAUACCAUCAGUUUGUUUUAGGGUAUAUCAAUAUAUGGAAAAUAAUAAACUUGAUUAUGAUAAAUUCUUAAUUUUUGAGCUAGUGGUUAUGCACUGUGAUGUUGACGCCAUGGGGCAUAAUACAAUUACAAUCUUAUGUCUUAUUGCACGAAAAGGAAGAGGCACUUCUUUGAGGCAAUUUAUACAAGUGGUGCUGAAUGUGCAUAUGUAGGCUACUUUCAAUUAAACCAAAGAUAAAGACUCAUCUCUUAAGGUAGGAUGAUUUGCCUAUAGGGGAGAGUGGGGUAAGUUGAUCCACCCCCCAUUGCUUGGAAAUGGUAAAAGAUAUCGAUCAUGUGACCAAAUAUUGAGGAGAUGGGCAUCAAUUCAUGGAGUCUGUGAAGGUUAGAAGCACAAGAGUGAAGGGGUUUGACCAGUGGUUCUCAACUGGUCUCACUCUGGGACCCACAUUUUCCCAUGGUCAUUGAGUCGUGACCCAUUUUUAUAGAACUCAAACCAAGCAAGGUAAUUUUUGUUUUAAAAAAACCUCUAAAGACUCUAAUCUUUAACAUAAAUCCACUUGUUUUAUUGAGUUACAUGCAUUUCAGAGCACAUGAAGGGGACAACAUGAGGACGACAACUACUGAAUUAAUCAAAUAUCUAAUUAACAUGGCACUAACUUUUUACUUUUUUGACCAGCUGUUUGCGACCCAUCCAGGACGUGUCCGUGACCCACUUUUGGGUUGCAGACCCACCAGUUGAGAACCAUUGGGUUAGACAUUUAUUUCCAAAAAAAAAAAAAAAAACAUUUUUCACUCUUGAAAGUGAAUUUAGUCUGUUGUAGGUUUUAUUAGAAUUGUGUUCAGACAAAAAAAAGAUCAUUUUGAAUCUGUUUUAUACAUCAGUUGUGGCAUCUAUAAGCGACAACAUGAGGUCAGAAACCUAACAUAAAAGUCCACCAUUUUAGCUUAGAGGACUAAUAAAGUCAUAAUCGUAGAUCAGGGGUAAGUUGAGUCAGUGGUUCAAUGGAGAAAGUACAGAAUUAUGAUGAGAGAAUCAGAGUUUCAGUUCAGAUUGUUGAAAUGUGUUACUUUGGGUAGUAGGGAUACCACAAGUACGGUGGCCGAGAACUGCCACUGCUGCAAAUAAAAAAAGAAUGCCAAAAAAAAAAAAAAGUCACAACAGAAGUCACUGAUGCAAAAAAAAAAAAAGAAUCGGAAGCCCGCUGCGAAUAAAAAAAAGAAAAAGGGCAGUUUAAAAAAAGAAAGCCACAAUGGAAGUUAACAAUCCAAAAAAAUAUACUGAUGGGAAAAAAAAUUCACUUACUGCAAAAAUAAAAGGAUGCAAAUAAAAAGCCACAAUGGAAGUGAGCUGCCAGGGACCAAUAAUGACGAUGACGACGGUGAGAAGACGAGCAAAGACGUUAGUGGAAAGGUUAUUGUUUAAUUUCACUUCCUGUGCCUUUUAAUGUGUCAUUUGCUUAGGCCAUGUAGCACCUGAGUUGAAAUGAAGUUGAACUGAAGUUAAUACUACCCUGGUGUUUUCCAGUUUAACUGGAAACUUUGCGUCAUUACCUUCCACUUUUAUCUGCACCGCCUCUUUUUUUAUUUGCAGCAGGCUUCGGUUUCGUUUUUUUUACAUCAGUAACCUCCAUUGUUGCUUCUUUUUUUUUUUUUUAUUGCAUUCUUUUUUUAUUUGCGGCAGUGGCGGUUCUCGGCCACCGUACACAAGUAAUAUUGGCUCUUCACUACCUGAUAAUAAUGCAUAAUUUUAAAUUGUAUCAGUUUGGCUCAUUUUACUUUGUCAAGUUAAUGAACAACAGUGAGGAUUCAUUAGAAACAUAGCUUUUUUGGGGUACUAAUUUGUUCCCACUGGUCCCUGAACGUUUAAUUAAAACAUGUCUUGGGAUACUGUCCUCUGAUUGGCGGAGGGGGAAUUGUCAGGCUCAGUAUUGCAAUCUUUGAGCUGGAGAUUCGAGACCGGUGAGGAACAAUAAGUUUGGUAAAUGGAUACCUGUUAAGAGCAAAAGACGACGAAAAGCCCUGUGUGUAACUAACUUGGUAUUUUAAAACGGGACAUAAUCAUGCUUUAGCAUAAACUUCGCGUCGGUGCACGACCUUACUAGUCGGUGUUUAGCUGUCGCUUACGGUCGACUAUUGCUUCGGGAACUGCACGAAUACACGUUGGCUGGCUUUACCACCAGGUAAUAUUUCACGGCGUUCAAGCAUGUUGUGUUGUAUAAACUUAAAUUAACAAUUUCAAGAGAGUAAACCGUAAAAUAGUUAAAUUUGAGGUGGUCGAGUACAGUGACAGUGCUAUUUUUUUUCCACAAACCGUCGCUUUCGUUUCCAGUGCAGUCAGUCGUUUUUAAUGUACGGACCUACUUCAAAGUUGGACACUUAGGAUUAUAUUAUAUCAAUAAUUGCAAUGUUUUUAUUUAUAUUAGUGGAAGAUAUAAACUGUUUUAACGGGCUCGGGCAUUUUGUUCUUCUGUGUCCAACACUGCGAGUUAAAAUCAAGAUUUAAGAACUUCCGUUCUGUGACGCUAGAGGGCAGUAUGUGACAGAGAGGACAGCACAGACCCCCUCUUUUCCUGGUGAGGUGUAAGGAAGUCCGUGUUGCCAUGGAGAAAACUGCUGACACCGAAAGCUGCUUUAACAUCCGCCCGGCUAGCUCAGUCGGUAGAGCAUGAGACUCUUAAUCUCAGGGUCGUGGGUUCGAGCCCCACGUUGGGCGACACUUCCUUUUCUUUUUUGCACUAUAGUAGGCACUUGAUGGCUUCACAUAAUUAACAAAUGUAGACUUUGCUAAAGAAUAGACAUCAAUACCAUACAAUGAAAUAUGAUGAACUAUAUGCUUAUUGCAGUGAUGCCAGCCAGUAAACAAAGUAGUAUAACAAAAUACACCACCUUAGGCAUCCUUAUGGUUUCCAAUAGUAAACAUGAAGUACAACAGUUAAGAGUUUUCAGCAGAGGUGUUAUACCCUGUCUGUUACCUGUGAGGUUUUUUUUUUUUUAUUUAUAGAAAGCAUUAGAAAAGCUUCUCAGUUUAAUUCUGUGUCAUCAGAUGAUCUAAAUCAGAGGUGGGCAAACUGAGGCCCAGGGGCCACAUGCAGCCCGAUUAACGAUUUCAUCAGGCCCGCAGAGCCGUCACAAAAAAAGGAAGAGUACUUAAUGAGCCAAAUAUUGUAAGCUUGAUCUGUUACAAACAGUGCCCCUUGUCAGGCUUGCUAACAUGUCCUCUCAAGAAAGUGGGGCCAAAAUCCUUUAAAGGGUCAUCAACUGUCUCUGAUGGGGUAAUUUGCAACAGGCCCUUCAAAAUAUUUCCCCUAUCAUCAAGCACGAUUAUAAGUUAACCCCCAAUCUGCAUUUGUUUUUGUUUUUUUCGUGCACCACCUGGCCAGCCUGGCCUAUUGAUAUCUAAAACCCAAUGUGGCCCUUAAGACAAAAUAAUUGCCCACCCCUGCUCUAAAAGAUACUAAAGUUAAUCAACAAAUAAUUUGGGAUCAGUUAAAAAGGAUGAUUUUUGAUGUCUUUCAUCCUGGUCACGAGGUAGAAGAGAUUUAAAGGUUUGCUGGGUGUUAAGGUCCUGACACACCAAGGCCAACCCGAAUAUAGAACAAGAAAUUAUGAAAUAUUCAGAAGUUUGCCUCUGAUUGGCUAGAAAAGCAGGAAACGUCAUCACAAGCUCAAGCCAAAUGUUUAGCACUGAUAGCCAAUCAGAGGCGAUAAGAUAAGCGCAUGAAACAAUGGUAACAACCGUUAGCUUACGUUAGCACAGAUGAAAAUUAAAACAAAGACGUUUAGCAAACUGUUGGAUAUACCGGUGAAUCUGACGUCGCAACAACACGCUAUCUGAUUGGUCAGAAGUGGACGCACAGUAUGCGAAACUUAAGAAAAAUCGACCAUGAUUCAAAAAAAUAAAUGCCGCAAUAUCGCAGGACAGGAAAAUGUCGCUGAUGUGAACGCUUGUAUUGACAGGAUACAGGUUCGAAAAAAUAUAUAUUCGAAAUAAUCACAGGUAAAAAACAGUUGUGGUGUGAAAUUACCUUUAUAAGAUUUUCUUUUUCUUAACACUACUGAUUAAAAGACAUUAAAAAAAAGAUGGUGGUUAAUUUAGCUAGGUCCAACUUUAAUGGUUACAUUUCUACAGCAAAAUCAUGCAAGAAAAAUAAUCUGAUCACAUAAAAAUUACUGUAAAAUUUUCAUCCUUUUUAAAAAGGUAAUAUGGGUAUGUAUGGUUGUUAUUUACUAAAGUAACCACUCCCUGGGUUAUUUUAUAUUUAGUGUAUUUUGGGUACAACAGUACUGUUUGCUUUGUAAAAGUACAGCUUCCUCAAAAAUGUAGGAUUUUUUUUCCCCUUCUCUAGAACACACAAGUGGUUUGACUCCAGAUUUCCUCAUCGUGGUUCCCCUGUUUCUUUUUCUCUAUUCGCAGCGGUAAAUUAGGUGAGGAGCAACAGCCUCUCUUUUUUCUUGUAACAGCCAAGAGGGAGGGAGGAGUUUAAACAAAGGCCCUCUCCACAUAAAAAAUGGAGGCUUGUGCAGAGAAGCCAUGGUGUCCUGCUCCUCAGUCCACAAGCUGCCAUUUCUCCUUCUAAAGCCUCCAAAUACGAUCACCACUGCAGGAUUCUGUGACAGGGAGCUUCAACAUGAUGUUAUACAGGGUUUGUAUGUCAAAAACUCUUGGAUUAAUCAUGUAUUUUUAUGAUUUUUAGGCCUAGAUCUCAGCUUAUUUUUUCUUCCCCUCUCUCUGACACUCACAGUGCUGCCCCUGCCUGCACUGAACAAAGAUAAUUACUCAGGAAACAUUUCAGCCAAUCAGACGCGGCCUUGCAUCGUGGCUGUGAGGAAAGCGACCAGUCAGGAUCUGGCUAACAUCACCGGGGCCUGAUCGCCUUGCCUGAAGAGCGGAGCCUUCCCCGGCUGAGGGCUGAGAGUGUCCUCCAUGUUUUAUAAGUGUUGACAUAACAGUGUGUCAGGCAGCCAUGCAUCCACAGAGGUAAGCUCUGUCUUUUUUAUCUCAACUCUCUGAUAACAACAUGGAUUCCUUCUUGCUGUUGUGCUGACUGUUGGUUUCACAUGAUGAAUAUGCACACCUUAAAAUCAGUUUAUGUGCAUGAGCAGCAGGAGGAGGAGGAGGAGGAGUUGGGUGGAUUGGAGGCCUCGGCAGGCCUCUUUGCUCCAGUGUGCUGAAGAGGGGUGGGGGGUUGGGUAACGACUCUCACCCUUGCUCUCUCUCUGUGUCUCAGGGUCACAUGGGUGCCCCAGACAACCAAGCUGCCAUACAGGAGGCAGAGUGGACCAUGGCAAAUCCUUUUCCUUUUUUAUAAUGCAAAAGAGAGUUAGAGUUGAAAAUGGCACCCAUACUCCUCUCUGUUGUGGCAGUCUUGUAUUGCAGCCUGGCAGAGAAAGAAUGGGGGAUGGGCAAUGAAGGAGGAGGGGGUAUUAUGUACCCUUUGUAAGUGGAUUGGAUCUGUGCUGUUUUCUUGUGUGUCAUGCCAGGCCGGGAAGCAUACAUGAAAGGCAACAGAUGUGCUUGUUAGGAGGACAAGGAGCUCGGGGCAUACCUAGAUUCCAGUUUCAGUGUUAUUCUUUAACAUGAAUUAACCAGACACUGAAACUGUACCAUACCUCACAAAUUUAGAAAGGAUUGAGUUUCAAGACUCAAUGCCAGUCACGGGUUUAACCCAAAUGAAACAAAACGCUUGUGAAAGAGGAAUCCUGCACUCCUCCAAGCCUAAUCUUUAGGAGUAACAUGUAGAAACACAGGUUACCUCUGUUUACAGGCCCCGGGUUUACAGCCCCGCGCUCCGUCAGCUCUGCAGCACUGUUGCGACACUGCUUCCUCCAGUCCACUUUCUGAUCCUCACACAGGCAGUAGCCAUUUUGUGUUAAAAUGAGCUGUCCUUUCUCCAGGAAAACACGAGAACUCUCUUCAGCAACCAGUCAUCAGGACUAAAUAUGAGAUGGCACAUCGUGUUUUUUACAUGAAGUGUGUUUAUUUAGCUGAGGGAGUUAAACUCUUGUGUUUGCUUUCCAUCUGCCCUCUUUUUUUUUUUAACUGCACAUGCGUGUUUUUUACCGUUCCAGGCACAGGUUGGAGGACUUACAAGAAAUUUAUUAAAAUACAAGAUGAGUAAAGAAACUCUUUCUUGGUUAGAGUGCGGAUUGUAGUGUUAUAUCAUCUUUCUCAGUUUUAACAGUCACAACUGCGUGGGUGGGAGUAAAGAAUGUGUCAUUCUUUCAUGUCUUCUUGACAUGAGGCAUGUUUCACUUCAUCACAGCCAGCAAACAGGAACGUAACACAGUCAUGAGCUGCUCCUUAGUGCUUCUUUGACCAUGUGACGUACAUGCUUCACUGAUGGUUAAAAAUGUCAGCGUUACUUGGUGUCAUGGUGUAAGACAAGUUGCCCAGACUUCUCUCUUAGGAAACAUAGCCUAUGAAUCGGGCAGCCGGGGUGUGCAGAUAGUAAAAAAAACUCCCAGACAGCUUUGUCAAAUCUCUCUUGCUUCAUGCCAUCCUCGUGGUGUUGAAAUAUAAGAUAAACUAAAGGAAAAUAAACGGAGAGAAAUCUCUGCAUUGCAGCAAAAAUGUGUUUUAAGAGGAAGAGGGGAGCCUGCACACUGUGAUCCGUGUGGCACAGCUCAGCCGACCAAUAAUGUUCUACCCUGUUGGCCCUCUAGCCAAUUGCAGCUGCAGUUGAGGUAAAAGAUUGACAAUCGGAGGGAGAGCAGCAGGGAGAGCAAGGGCCUUCUGGAAAAUUCCACAGCCAUCUUUGAUUCGCCCUUUACAGCCUUAUAUAAAAACCAGGUCAAACCUUUCUUUUUUAUAAAUAUAUCUUUCGCAAAAUAGGUGUAUUACUCCAACAUUCAAACAUUGUUUGAUUAGCUCAGAGAGGUAGUGCAUAAACAGGUGUUGAAGUCAUUAAGUUAUGGUUAUAGAAUAGGAUUUAUAACUUCUAAAUGUGAUUCUGCUGUUUUUUACAUUCUAGGAACUGUAAAAACUGUCGGUAUGUAAUUCAGUAUUUGUUUGCAUGAGGUUGUCAGUAUUGCAAAAACUGAUGGCUCUGGCAAAACCUUAAAAUCAAAAACAACAGGGUAUUUUUUGAGUAGGUUUAUACAGAUAAAUGUUGAAAAAAUAACUUGUAAUCAAAUUUCCAGAUGUUCAUCUAUUCGGUGUGUAAAAAUCUGUCUUAUUCUUUUAGGACGGAGAAUAGCUUUUCCAGGAUAUGAGCGUGGCCUCACAGCAUUGGUCUCUCCUUCUUCAAAAUAACAUCUAAUUAUUCAGUGACAGCAGUAGUCACAGGGAAAGAGGAAAGCCAAAAUCCAGGACAUAAAAAAGAAUAACAAUAAAUAAAAAAAUAACCCAGAGAGAUUGUUACUUUCCCUGCUGCUGGAUUAUCUCGUGUCUCUCUCUCUUUUCUCUUAUAUCCACGAUUGACAAAAAAAAAGGUUUGUCUUGAUAAAGCUGUGUUUUUAAAAUUGUUGGAUUGUAAUCUCCUCAGAUCUCUGUGGUCCUCCUGCAUGGAUGUGCCAGUGCCUGAGUCUGAGCCUCGGAGUGGGGGAUGGGGGAGAGGGGGGAGGGGAGCAAGCUCUGGCCUCCAUUUUCUGUGACGAGAGAACCCUGCUCGUCUCUCACAGGAGUGGAAUCCAAAGGCAUUGAGUCAGUGUUGUUUCCUUUUUGUCCAUCAGGUACUACAUGCAGAGGGGAAUACUGUCAGUGUUUUCUUGUUGAACCCACGUCUCUCUGGAAUAUCUCCCAGAAUCUGAUGAGGAUUUAUUUGCCUAACUCUUCCUGUGUGAUGGAUCACAGCUCCUGAUCUGCCCUUUGGAUCAGCACACUCUUUUUCCUGCUGAUCAUCCAGUUGCCCGGUAGUUGCAGCAGUGUCUUACCAUCAGUAUUAAGCGUGUUUAUAACACAGGGUUGUUGCGAAUGCUGUGUCUUUUCUACUGCUGUGAUGCACGCAGCAAAGCAACUUGGCUAGCGUUUUCUUGUGUUCAUGUGGGCCUCGUUUGUUCUCUCAGUCCGGAACAGGAAGGCCCCGGAGGGGUUGGGGUGUGAGUGUGUGUGAGAGAGACUGUUGGCAGGCUGGAACAAGAUACCCAUAUGCCAUAUUUUAAAGAACUCUGUGUGACCUACGUUGUUUCUCAAACAACACAGGCUGAGAUGCAUAUUUUGUCUUUACUCUGGGUUCGGUGAAACCACCAAGAAUUAAGAAUAUCUUUAUGUUGAUAGCCUGGAUGGUUGUAAGCUACAGUUGAUUCAGUUAAAGUUUGGAUUUGGUAGGUUUUAAAGAAUCUUUGGUUUCUGUAAAACCUCUGAAUUGUCACGUAAACCUCAUGUUUGGCUUUGGUGUAGAAUCUGAUGUGCUCACAUCCAGUCUCUUUAGUCAUAUCUGAAUUACUAAACCACUCAGCAUACGCACGUAAAUCUGUCUUUGUCAAACAGAGAAGGGACAUUUGAUCAACAUGAUGUGGAAUGUCUUUCUGGGUGGGGAAGGAGGGGAAGAGAAGAGCAUUCUUUAACAUUCAGAAGAGAAGAAAAGGCUUAUCCCACAAAUGUGGUUGACCUUUGAGUUGUAGCCUGCAAACCCAUCGACCUAGCUGGAAACCAGAGCUGCAGGAAAAGCUAUGAACUGGUCAAGAGUGUGACCUGUCAGGGGUCUAUGGGAGGGUUUUUCUCCUGGGGGGCAGGAGAAUAAAGGCUACAUCCUUGGAAGCAGACCCUUCUGUGGCUCUGACAAAGGAGGGGCCAAACACUUAUCGCCAUAACCCUCUUUUUUUUUUUUUUUUCCCCCUCAGAGGAAAUGAGGUGAGAGGUAGCCUGGUGUGCUGGAAAUCCUUAUUUUCCUGUGCUGGGUACAUGUUUGAAGAUAAUUUAUUUUUGGGGUGUUUGUUGGCUGUGCUCUGACAGAUUUUUUCCUAAAACAUAGACAGUGACUCGUUUACAUGUCCGAAUAAGCUUAAAAUACAAGUUUUAACUUUGGAGUCCUGUAUCUAAUGUGAGGGUUGUAUGUACAGUAUAUAACAAUAAAGAAUGAUAAAUCCUGGAGGGAUGGUGCAGGAAUGUGUUGCCAAAGCUACAGCUGGAAAAUGGUUUGUGCUCUUGUACAGUUUGUUAAAAUGUGUAUGCCAUGAAAAGAAGAUACUCGUUUGGUCAACCCUGUUAUUGGUCUUAAAGAAUGUACCCAAAUCCUUCGAGGCAACCCUGUUGUCACUGAGGGAGCUUGAGAGGCUGUAGAUACACAUACUGUUAAUCGCCUUGAGACACUGUCCCUCCAGUGAAACGGAGUACUGUGAAACCACUCUCCAUUUGUCAGGGUCAAAGCACAGGAAAGAUCAGAGCCUAGCCAGGCUUCACUCUGAAGGACGAAGGUUCGAGGUAUUGUCAGCUAAAUUACCCUUUGUGUUGUUCUGAAUAUCAACUUGUGCUUUGCGGGAAAGAGGAGCGUUGCCAUGGUGAUUUGUUACCAUUCUCAUUCUCAACAAAUAAAGAGAAUAUUCAGAGUUGUUUUUUUGUCACUGAUAAUAUGGAGAGGAUUUGAACUUGGUACCCUCGAUGUCAGAGAUGUGCUGAAAUCAAGUGAAAACAACAACAAUGGAAACCUGCAGUGUCCCUAUUGACAGAUCCUAUGGGACCCUGGUGCCUUAGGUGGUGUUCCACUUGUUUACUGUUAUGCUGAUGUGGUUUCUGAACAGCCUUUUCUGACUUUGUGUUUGCCUCUCCUUCUUCUGUGUUCCUGUGUGCUUGUUCCGUGCUCUGCAGUCUGGCUGAGGAGGAGGUAAAGACAGAGUCUGAUGUGGUAGAGGGGAUGGAUGCAUCUGCACGAUCCAAAGGUAAGUCUUUCAGGCCGAGCAGCUCACAUUAGGACUCAAACAUCUCGGCUGUGCUCGUUUCAGAGAACGAAGGGGUUAUUUACUGCGAGUUACGAGUGCAGUGUGAUGCAUUUUGUUUGCCUCUCAGGAUCAGAGAGUUAAUCCAUCAUUCCCGGCUGUCUACUUGUUUAGAAUCUGUGUCAAGUGUUAACACAGAGUCUGGUUUGUUUGGAGGGAGCCCUGAAGCUAUUGCUACUGCUAAAGUGAUUGUUAGAUAUCCAUAGGUGGCAUCUUCAGUAAUUGUUCCUCAGAUCAAUUGUAAUUGCUGUCAGCAGAUUUCAGUGAUUUCUUGAUGAGAAAAUUUAUGAAGCAGAACGCAGCAUCUGGCAAUCAAACCAGUUAAGCUAAAACUGAUUGCUUGAUUUUAUAACAGUUGGUUUCAGAAAUUUGACGGCAGGAGAGCUAUUAUUAUUUUCAUUCUUUUGGCUAUUUUAAGAAGAGCUUGUAACCUCUCUUUUCUAGUCUUCAUGAGCGUCAUUAAUGUGUUGGUUGUUGGGACAAAGAAGAAUGCAACUCCAUCUUUUAUCAUCUGAUUUUCUUUGCAUCCAGUUCCUGAUCCGGCGGGGUCAGCCGAACGACCGGGUGCAGCACAGAAGAGAAAGGUUUCAAGUCCCACCCAUUCCUCAAAUGGACACUCUCCCUCAGACACCUCCCCCAGCCCUAUCAAGAAAAAGAAGAAACCCGGGGCCAUCAACAGCAACAGCAAAGACCAGGUAAGGGCUCAGGGAUACUCAUCCCAACAUCUGGUCUGUUUUCGAAGGCAGGAAGACAGGAAGUCUGUCCUUGCACCCCAUAUAGUGGAGUGAGUAAAAGCAAUAGGACAAAGAACGACACAGACAACAUGAGCAAUGUGUUUAAUCCAAAGAGCAGCAGGUGGAUAGUGAGUAAGAGUGAUUAUCCACAAAAGACCCCUUCAAAGAGCCUGCUGAGAGCUAGAUGGAGAAAGAGCGAAAAGGAUGUGUGCAAAAUCAGGAGAGAGAAAAAAGAGAGGGAAAAUUUGUCAGAGAGAGGAUUUUGGUCCGAAGUAUGAAACUCUGGAUGAAGGUUUUAUAAACUGUCACAAAAUCCAGCUGACUGGGGUUUGCUGAGUAGGUUAUAGGACUUGUUGCCUACCCUAAGGUAUGGUUGAAGUCAAAGAUAGGGUCACAAGUUUGCCUUCAAAGUAAGGGUGUUCAUUUUUAAAGUUGAAACCACACACUGCCUGAUUGAGGUUUCGGUCUUCUAGUGUAGGGUGAAAACAGAAGUACUGACCGUAUGAACUGAGUCACAUUACCCAUUUAUAUUCUGACUGUAGUUUGCUGUUGGCUUACAGAUGGAUAAAUAUAGGUGUGUCUCGCAGUGACAGGAGAUAUGUCUUGUUAUGGGUGUCCUGUGAGGGUUGGCAGCAGUGCCACGAGUGCAUGGUUGCCUCUGUUUACAUUAUCACCUAGUUAACAUGGUACAUAUCUGCAUACUUGAAAUCUUUGCAUAUUUAACUGAUCAGUUUAGGUAAAUUUACAUUAUCAAAGUUGCUGGCUGGAUUAGUUUUGGUGGUGGGUGAUUCUUCUUUGAAUUUUUAGUUCAAGUUUUAGUUAAAUUUGCAUGAUGUUGAGAUACUAUUAUUUUUGUAGUGUGCUAACUGUUUGCUUUGUUUGGUUACAAAAAAAAAAAAAUGGUUUGAAUGUCAGAUAGGCUUCAUCUGAAUUUUACCAACAUUGAUGAAUUUAAAGUAUUGGAUGCCUUUUUAGAUCAGGAGAUUUAAUCAAUACUCUGAACCAUCCUGUUGACAUCUGCUAAUCAGUUUCUAUUGAUACACAAAUCUAGUAUCAGUUAAGUCAGCUAAUCAGUACAGUACCAGUAUGAAACUCUUCAGAAAGCAGCACUAUAGGCUGUGUGAACUCUCGGUGUAAGAUGAGCUAUCCAAUCAAAACAUAAAAGGAUCAGCAGUUUUCCUAGAGCUCACACCCUAAAACCAGUUGGUUGAGAUUGUUGAACUCCCAGUUUUAACAGUCACAUGAUUGAAUCUUUAGUUACUUUACUUACAGUAUGUGCUUUGAAAUGUUUCAUGUUUGGGUUAUAUCCUUUACCUCCCCUCUAUGCUGCUUAACCUGCUCCCCCUUCCCCUCACUGCUGCCCUGUUUUUGUUGCACUGCACCUUUUUUGUGUUCCUUGCGUGUGUUUUGAAACCUGCCCCCCUGUUUCUCUUGCCUGCAUUUCAGUCAGAGCUAAGACAUGGUCCCUUUUACUAUAUGAAGCAGCCAGCACUCACCACAGACCCUGUUGAUGUUGUACCGCAGGACGGCAGGAAUGACUUCUACUGCUGGUUGUGCCACCGCGAGGGCCAGGUGCUCUGCUGUGAGCUCUGCCCCAGGGUGUACCACGCCAAGUGCCUCAAACUACCAGCUGAGCCCGAGGGCGACUGGUUCUGUCCAGAGUGUGAGGUAUCCUGUUGUAGUCGUGUGUAUGUUUGUGGGUGUACACAACUGAUUGUGAAAAUAAGACACAAUCCUCCUUGCACAGUGGGCAACAAGGGAUGUCAGACCAUGUCAGGAAGUAGAGCAGGUCCAUUUUAUCAGGUGUUUUUUUUGCCUGUGACCAGUCCACAAGUCUUUGCUCUCCACAUGACACAUGGUCUGACACCCCUGAAACUAUAAAUUUGGGAGAUUUUAGAAGAUUGCUUUUCGUUCCUUUCUUUACUUUUAAGCGAAACUUUUUUUCACAGUAUUUUUACAAAAAUAUAUGUAAAAAUACGUGUGUGUGCGUACGUGCGUUUAAGUUCAAUCAACAACAGUAGAAGUCCUGAACUUUACAAAAGUUAGAUGUCAAAUUAUAAUCCGUGUUUAGCUUAUAUUUUGUGGUUAAAUGUAAAUCAAUGUCAUAAAUUCUUGAACAUUCAUUGCUGUUGUCGUUGCUGCAGAAAAUUACAGUCGCUGAAUGCAUCGAAACCCAGAGCAAGGCAAUGACGAUGCUAACAAUAGACCAACUGUCCUACUUGCUCAAAUUCGCACUUCAGAAGAUUAAACAGCCUGGGGUAAGAGAUUCCUAGAAUGCUUCUUCAGAUGAACUUUUAAAACUUGAAAAGAGUUUUGUUCAAUACGAAUGUCUUGAAAAUGAGACUUCCACACUUCUCUAAUGUGCUCUUUGCUUUUUGUUCCACGUAUUCGUCUAAUCUGGGCAGACUGAGCCUUUUCAGAAGCCGGUGUCCCUGGAACAGCACCCGGAUUAUGCAGAGUACAUUUUCCACCCCAUGGACCUGUCUACUUUAGAGAAGGUGACAUUUCUGCAUUAUUACACAUAAAAAUGGCAAAAAACGGAACGGACAGAGAAAAACAGAAACAAACUUUGACUAAAGGCAGAAGAGGAUGAAAUAUUUUGAUGAAUUCAAGAUUUGGAUCCUCUCAGAAACAUGAAGAUUUGUUCAGGGAAUCAAGCUGUACCAAACUUGACACCAUUUAUACAAUAAUUUGUUACAUUUGAAAUAAUUUAACAAGUAAAAUCUAAAUUUUAUUGGUAACUUCAAAUUACAAAUUUUAGUCCACAAUAAAAGAAUCAAUGUGAAACAUUAAAACAUACCAUUAAAUUCUCUGAAGUAAGACGGUAGAUUACUACUAGAUUACGGUAGAGAUUUUAUUUUACAGUUGAUGAUUAUCCGUGAUGUUUCUUUGUCUGAAUGUGUUACAUUUGUGUUUGAUAGAAUAUCAAAAAGAAAAUGUACGGCUGCACAGAGGCUUUUCUUGCGGAUAUGAAAUGGAUCUUGCACAACUGCAUAAUUUACAAUGGAGGUAAGCUACUUUCACUUUCACAAAACUUCCACAAAUCCAAUUUUCUCAAGAAGAAAAUUUUAACUUUGAUUCCAAUUUUCUUCCAGGUAACCACAAACUAACAGCCACAGCGAAGGUCAUUGUAAAAAUUUGCGAACAUGAGGUAAAAAAGAUUCAUUCACUCGUUUCGUGAAAUGAUUUACUAAAUGUGUCAAACAGAUGAAGUUAUGAUGUCUUUGUUAUUCAACUUGCUUUCUGCAGAUGAAUGAGAUUGAAGUGUGUCCAGAGUGCUACCUGUCUUCAUGCCAAAAGAGGGACAACUGGUUCUGUGAGCCAUGUGUAGGUCUUUGCAUAUCUUGAAAAUCAUAUUGAACCAGUGAUGGAAAAUUUUAGUUUGGAGGUUUGAGACAGCAUGUGGUUUUAUAGUGAUCAGAGCACAACUACACGCUUUGAGUAAUAACUCUUCCCUGUUCAUCUUCCCUCCCCUCGCAGCACAUGGAGGCGUUUUAUCAUAUUACAAAAUGAAACCGGUCUUCCUUCUUGAGUAAAUACAGACAUUACACAGGCCUGUCCCCGUUUUUUUAUACACCCACCUGAGAAUAAUCUGUGCCAUCACUGCGCCGUGUUAUUAUUACAAACUCUUCUCUUGCUCAGAAUGUCUAAAAUUAGGAAAUGAAAUGCAGAUAUUAAACACAGAUGAGACACAUCCUUGUGCACAUCUGGCUUUAGUGCAUCAACUAAACCUCCUUAUGACUGAAUGAAAUCAAAAUUGAAAGUAAUUACGCUUUAUGAACACUUUGGGAGAAUUGAGUGAUAUUUAGCAUUGAAAGGCUGAGAGUAUGUUCAUGUUUUAUACAGUCUAUGGUUCACUUACAGUUGAUCUGAGUAUAACACUCGUUGUAAACAAGUGUCUUUUUGUUUGGUUUGAUAGAGUCAACCCCAUCCUCUGGUGUGGGCCAAGUUAAAGGGCUUUCCUUUCUGGCCGGCUAAAGCACUUCGGGAUAAGGACGGGCAGGUAGACGCACGCUUCUUCGGGCAACAUGACAGGUGAGAUCAUCCCUAUUUUUGUAGCAUGUUCCCAUCUUUUUAUUCAUCAGUCAGGAGAAAGAAAAACAACAUAGCACUGACAUACCUCCUGUGUUUUUAUUCAGGGCCUGGGUCCCCAUCAACAACUGCUACCUCAUGUCCAAAGAGAUCCCUUUCUCAGUGAAAAAGACUAAAAGCAUUUUCAACAGUGCCAUGCAAGAGAUGGAGGUCUAUGUGGAAAACAUUCGCAAGAAAUUCGGGGUCUUUAACUAUGCACCCUUCCGCACUCCCUUCACACCCAACAACCAGCUGCAGAUGCUUGUGGACCCCUCCAACCCCGGCGCUGGGACAGUAAAGACGGAGAAACCGGAUAAACUCCGCUUCAACUUUGAUAUCACCGCCUCUCCCAAGAUGGUUCUUGGCAAAAGUUCAACUCCUAGUAGUAUGAGUCGGAGGGUCUCCAUGACAGACAUGCCUCGGUCUCCCAUGAGCACCAACUCCUCGGUUCACACAGGGUCUGAUGGGGAGCAAGAUAUGGAAAAGCCCAGCAGGAAUCCUGCCUACCACUACAGCACUGGAGAGGAAUCAAUGGACUGCACUGGUGAAUAAAUGUCAUUUUUUAUUUCAAACGUAACUCCUGAAUAGAUGCGUAUUGUAAAGACAGUUGGCUCUACACAAUGUUGUAGCGUGCUGCACAAGUUUCAUUAUUACCUGUUCGGAUUUACACCCACGCUGUGUAAAUAGCAAGAGAACUUGCACACAUGUUUACACCUGAGGGUGUGUUGAUCUUAAAACAAGGUGUGGUCAGGCACAAAGGUAACGAGUGUCUGUCUUGAGGAAGUAAAAAAGAAUUUGUCGUAGACAGACAUAGAACCUGGUCUGUGGUUCUUUCCUGCUAUUAGUGAGACAGUAAAAUGAACAAAAGAGUUCUCAACAUGCAUAACUUUGUCUAUAUGCAAAGACGCUUAGCUGUGUUUAGACUCGUAAUACAUUAUCUGCUGAUCUUCGGAUCCUGGAAAUAAAGUACACUAUCACUGCUAUCUUACAACACCUGUUUAACCUCAGCCCUGUGCAACCAGCAAUUACAGGGUGAGAGGUCAAUGGCCUUCACUAUUUGUUCUCUCAUUUACGUGCCAAAACUGACACACUUGCACACAAUGGAGCAAUGUUUUUCAACAGUCCUUCAACAUAACUCUAAAUGUCACUGACUGCUCUAUAUACAGCAGCAGAAACAGUCAUUCAGGACCUACCUCUCUUAAAUGUAGAUACUGUCUGUACUUCCUGUUUUUUAAUAUUUAAUGAAAUAGUACCUGGAGUGUAAAUGUUCACAUGAUUGUUAAUGUGGAAAGUCCCUGAUCAGUCAUGCUGUGCAGGGGGGGUCGUUUGAGUGGAUUUAACAUUAAUCCAUGCGCUGACGUGACUCAUAAAGUGGCGUGUGUUUAUUGAAAUGAAAGAGGAAGGCUGAAAUCUGCUGUGUAGAUAGCAGCAUACCUGUCUGUGGGCUCCUAGAAAGAGUAACAGCAGAGACACCAGCUCGUUGAUUCAUGUUAAAACACGUCUCUGAAUAAUUAAGGGGAUUUAAUAAAACCUCUUUAGACUUAGCUCCUUACUUAGUGCUCAGAUUGUGUUUCACUUCGAUAAAAAAAAACACCUUAUGAUUCACCUUGUGUCGCACUCUUUGGAUCAUGCACUUAGGAUGAUUCAAACACGACCCACGGUUAACAUUUUCAGACACAUGGGUGGUUAUUCUUUAAGUUCACAAGGUGCUGAAAAACACAGUGUUGUCUGUCGCUGCUGGAUGUGUAUAACUAGCAAGAAACCAAAAUACCAAAGAGACAAUAUGGAUGUGUAGCCAUGAUUAAUAUGAUAAGUUAUUUUACCUUACUACGUGGAAAUGAAGGAACUAAAUUUUACUGUUUCUAUUUUGUUGUGCCAGCCUCUCCUGUGUCAGGAAAGAUGGGUCCUGCAGGCAGCGUGACCAGCAGCCCAAAACCCUUUAACCCUGGACUGGUGCCAAAGCAGGAAAGGACCACCGCCACAGGUGGCAUUCUUAAUCUCAACCUAGGUCGGUACAUACAGCACAAACAUAGCGAAAUGAUGUCGUCAUAAAAGUCCUCAUAUCCUCCUUACCACUGCCAUCUUGCUGCUAUGCUUGAAUUAAACAUUUAAUUUGAUUUCAGAUCGAGUAAAGGCUGAGAUGGAUCUGAAGGAACUGAGUGAGACGGUGCAACAGCAACAACAACAGAAUCAGCAACAGCAGGGGUCUUCCUCUGCCCUCCCGACCCCAAAGAGGCCUAUCAGGAGCCUGGACAAAACAAUUGAGAGCUGCAAAGCACAGCUUGGUAUGCAGAACUUAUUUUAUUGGAAUCAUUUGAUUUCUAAGUGAACUGAUUUAAGCUCGAGUUAUCCUUUCAACUUGACCCCACUCUUUUAGAUGUCAUGAUAGUUUUACCUCAUUUGUUUUUAUUAGAUUUCACUCCAAACAUGUUCUAGCUGAAAUAUGUGCUACCAUGUUUUUGUCCAACUAAGACUGUGUUUCCUCAUACAGGGAUAGAUGAGAUUUCUGAAGACGUGUACAAAGGUGUGGAUCACAGUGACUCUGAGGACUCUGAGAAAUCGGACUCAAGUGACAGCGAAUAUCUGAGUGACGAGGACCACAAGCCAAAGAGCUCCACGCAGGAUGACAAAGACCGAACAGAGAGAAAAAGGCCAAAAGCAAGCACAGAGGGAGAGAGUAAGGAGGGGAUUACAGGGACAGCGGAUAAAGUCACCUCUGAACCCCAGCUCAAAGACAAACAGGCUAGUAAUGGCCCAGAUAAGGACCUCCAUGAGAAGCCCAGAACGCCCCAAAAUCACUCUGACAAACCCAAAGCCUCAGAGGAAGGGAGAGCAGCAGCAGCCUCUGCAUCAAUGACUGAGCAGGACUCUGAUUCUGAAAGGGAGCUGGUCAUUGAUCUGGGAGAUGAACAUGGGGGCCGUGACUCAAAGAGAGCAAGAAGAGAGGCAGGGGCUUCUGCUGCCAAAACCCCCAAAGAGUCAAAUGCAGUGAAGCUGGAAGGUAAGGUGUUUAACAUACUUUAACCACUUUCACCUCCGACUGAGGUCCUGAAAAAUAGAAGUCCAUCAAAAUACGUAACAAACAUUUUGCCUACUUUAUACUGUGUUCAUCAGAUCUUCUUAUACUCAGGUUUCUGACUGAGAUGAUUUUACCGUUAUGUAAAAGAACAUGCACCUCUUAUCAUCCGGACUUUUAAAAUAGUUAUAAGAGUAAUCUUAUGAGAAAUCAAAUUGCCAUAAAUAGGACGGAGUGAACAUUUACUGUUGUUCCAAAAUGCACUAUUUUUACUCAUUAACUGCAAAAAAGGACAAAUGACACUUUAGGAGAACGCAGAGGUGCUGGGAAUCCAUUUAACUUGGAGGUUGAGACUGAAAAUCAGUCAUGAAAUUAGGUUUUAAAGGAUCAGUGAAACACUUAAGGGUUUGCACUAUUUAAAAUGGUCAAUAGCUCUUCUUUUGCUGUUGUUGGUUGGAUUGAACUCAUCUUCCAGGGUCUGUCUAACUGAGUGAUCAAUGCAACGACGUCUUUAGUUAGUUUUAUUAAAUGUGUCGUUCGGACUCUAUAAACAUUUUUCAAGAAAAGCUCUAAUCUGCGGUUGUUUUGUGAAUAGAUACCUUUUUGUGAUUAAGAGAAAGAGACAAAAUCCUCAUUCCCAUAAAGCUUACUUAUCUUCUCACUCACUUAAAUGUCCCAACCAAAAAUAGUCAAUUUGUUUUCAUCAAAUGAUGCUUUUUUUAUCAUGAUCUUUGAGUGCUGCAGCCCUCCUUGUACCUGUUUUAUCCACGUCAUCGAUUAAACUAAACAAACUCAGUCCACAUUUUUCAAAACUCUUAAGUCUCCUCUGCCUCUGCACAUUUAUACAAAGUCUAUACAAAUUCAAAAAGCUGAAGUACUUCACAAAACAUCCAUUGCUUUAAAGAGUGCCAUAGAGAUCGUUUCCCACACAGUCUCCCCACUUGUCUGAACUUGUUCCUUUCAUUAUCCUCAGUGUGAUUGAACCAUUAAUAAGUGGGUCAGAGAUUCUAGUGUAUUAGUCACUGCAAAUAUGUCUGUGGGCCGCCAGCCUUGAGCAGAGAUCAGGUGCAAGCCUCAGCUGUGUAGAACUCUUAAUUUCCCACUUCAAAACACAUUUUUAUGACCUGCUGUUUUCACCUUCUUUUUGCAACUUUAAGUGAACUCACUGUGAACAUGUGAGGAUGUAUAAAACUAGGGGACCAGCAACAUAAAAAAGUCCAGAUGUCUCACUCUAAAGGAACUUUAUUCUUUUUUUUACUGUGCCUAGGUAAAGUGCCUUCAGCUGCCGCAGCAGUUACACCGUCACGAGAAGCUGCCUCUAACCUGAAAGACUCUUCACAACCUCCCAUCACAGCGGCCCUCAACCUUGUGUCCACUGCAGCUUCAGGCCAACCCACUGCCACCACAGCUUCGACCAAUGUUCCCUCUUCUGCAGCCACUUCCAUCUCCGCGACAUCCCCAGUUCCUGCAGCAGCGAAGAAACAGCGCCCUCUACUGCCUAAAGAGACGGCUCAGGCCGUGCAGCGUGCAGUGGUUUGGAAUCCAACUAAGUUCCAAACAUCUUCUCAGAAGUGGCACAUGCAGAAGGUGCAGAGGCAGCAGCAGCAUGGAGAGCAGUCAACAGUUCAGACACAGGCCCAGAAUCAGACUCGCAGCCCACAGCAGCUGCAGAACUCCUCUUCAAGUACCCGCUACCAGACCAGACAAGCAGUGAAAGGUAUCAACUCUAGAGCAAUUCUUAAUCCGAAUUUAACUUCUAAUUAAGUGUAAUGCGAACGAAAGAUGUAUGAUAUCACCUUAUUCCUAUGCAGUGCAACAAAAAGACCCCCCUCAGAGUACAUCCUCCUCAACAGGUGCCCCAGUCACAUCUGCGAGCUCCUCUUCUUACACAUCAGGAGACUUGCAGAUUCCCACAGUCUCAGCAGAUGUGGCUGCAGAUAUCGCCAAGUACACAAACAAAGUAAGAAUCCUAUUCUUUAUGAUGACACACCAGAUUUUAUCAGACUGAGUUAUUGUUAUUAAGAAAAGGUUAUUAUCUCUCCAAAUUAUCAUUUUCAUAGCUGUAUGUAUAUAUCACGGAGAACAGAAAAAUUAAAGGCAAACUUUUCUUCAUAUAAACUGUAGAUUUAUAUAUAUAUUUUUGUCAAAACUCCACAGAUCAUGGACACAAUAAAAGGGACAAUGACUGAAAUCUACAAUGACCUCUCUAAAAGUACAUCAGGGAACACAAUCGCAGAGGUAACUUAUAUAAAUUCAUACAAGUAUGUCAGACUAGUUCAAGGGUAAUUUUUAAUCUCGGUGUGUUUUUCAACAGAUAAGACGUCUGAGGAUAGAGAUUGAAAAGCUCCAGUGGCUGCAUCAGCAAGAGUUGUCAGAGAUGAAGCACAAUCUUGGUAAGUUGGCUUCCUCCCUGAUGAUAUCAACGAACUAGGUCUGUCUUUUUUUUUUGCAAGUUAAGGUGUUCAUUUCUUUUCAAUCUGAAUGCAGAACUGACAAUGGCUGAGAUGAGGCAGAGUCUGGAGCAGGAGAGAGAACGGUUGGUGGCUGAGGUGAAGAAGCAGAUGGAGUCAGAAAAGCAGCAAGCAGUGGACGAGACCAAAAAGAAACAGUGGUGCGCAAACUGCAGGAAAGAGGCCAUCUUCUACUGCUGCUGGAAUACAAGUUACUGUGAUUACCCCUGCCAGCAGGCCCACUGGCCAGAACACAUGAAGUCCUGCACACAGUCAGGUAGCAUAAACACACUGACGAAACAAUAUGUACAUUUAAAAGUGUCACUAACAUUUCUUUUUGAUUUUCUGUUCCCUUUGCUUUGUUUUAUUCUUAUUUGGCACUUUGUAGCAUAAAUUUAGGAGUGUGAUUUUCAGUUGGAUCAUUAGCCAUAUAAAAUAAACAGAAAGGCUCUUCUGUUUUUACUAUGGCAGCCCUCUAGCUGAGUUGUCUCAUUGAUGGUUUGCCCUUAGUAUAAAAUACAACACCCAGUCUGAUACAGAGCUUAGUAAUUUGUAUGGAUAUUUUGCAAUAUAUUUGUAUUUAAUAGACCAAAACAAACUUUUAGUUUGAGGGGAAGUUUAUAGAUAUGAAGAAAGAUUGAUUAAGACGGUUCCCUCUCUAUACUGUAUUCUCCAAAAACAAGAAGAAUACAGAAUCUCUUACUUUAUACCAAAUGUGUAAUAAGCAUGGAACCACCACCAUGUGUAAAAAUAUAUGCACCUCUGCAAAUUAAAAACAACAGUCUGACUUCGGACUCUGCAGAGACAUACCAAAGAUACAGUGUCCAUGAAUUCAUUUCUUAUCUUUUGUUUUGUCUUCCAGCCACAGCCUCUCAACAGGAGCCAGAAGCGGAAUCCAACUCAGACCCUUCAGUCAAACCAUCAGGACACUCUCCCUCCACACAGACCCUGCCCUCAGGAGCAGGAUCCAUAUCAGACAAAAGCAACUCUCCCUCGUAUAUGGACAAGAGCAAAGACAGUGCUGGUGUUACUGUGACCUAACUUCUACACUACAGUUACUCUCAGACAUUUCGCAAGGCCGCUGUUGUAUUUGUUGUGUCGAACUCGAAGCUUGAAGGCCUGCGCCUCUCUGACAAAUCACUUUCAUUCCCAUAUUUUGUUUCAUCUGUCAUCUGGAGUAUCUACAGGUGUGUGUUCAUGUGGACGUUAACCCAGUGAAAGAAGUCUGUCUUGAGUAAUAAAAUGUGAGUCUGUAUGUUUUCAUACUGUAGUUUUGUUCUGUAGCUUUCUUUCCCUCUGGUUCAAGGCUGAACAAGACUGUAUCCAGUCACACAACACAAUAUUUGCCACAAACACUUUCAAUGCUGCUUGAGUACAUAGCUGUUUACUUGUGAAUGCUUUCCAUUUCAUUAAAAAGAAAGAAACAUCUGACACAGCUCUAGGCAGUUGUUGCUUAUUCAUCAAAGUGCCAUCAAAGUAUAAGUUAUGCAAGUUUUGGUUUUUAAACCAUUUUGUGACAUGUUUCACCUGGCCCAUACAUUGUUUUUGUUACGCAGUUCUUCAUUUGUAUAGACCUGAAUAAAAAAAAUCUGUGAUUUAUCAAAGAACUAAAAAAUGUAAACUGUAAAAAGUUUUGUAAGAAAGUACCUGAACAAUAUUUAUAGUGCUAUAUAUAGUGUUUUUAUAGUAUGUUUAAUUAAAUCACAUUUCUAUGUGUCUAAACAAAGUUAUUUGAAAAUGAAUCACUUCACAUGAAUGUCAGCUCUGAGCAAACUCUGUUUAACUGUUAUCCAAAGCUGAUGACCAGACUUUAAGAACUUGGUAGGAGUAAAUAAAACUGCAUUUGGCUGGUUGUUCUUUACUGUGAGCAUGUUUGUUAUGAGCUUGCGUCUCGUUCGUGUUUACAUGCUGUACAUACAAUAAAUGGAGUCGUGAAGAAAAAAUAAAAAUACUCUGAUCAACUAAAUCACCGUGG